UGACAGACGGUUUUAUUUUGAAAAUUGAAUAUCCAAGCGUUCAAUUUCGGUGUUGUAUUCGUAGUGUUCGAAUUUUAUAGAAAUUAGAACUGAAUAUGGGUGAACAAGUGGAAGAUAAAAGUGGUGAAGUAAAUAUGAGUAACCGAGAAAUGGUUUUUGACAAUCUAACUAUAUUGAAGGAACUUGAUAAUAUUGCAAAUCUUGUGAAAUGUGAAGACUUUCUUGAAACUGUACCUAAAGCCAAACUGAGACGAGUAAAAUGGGUACCAAUGUUCAACUGUUUGAAGCAAGGUAUUUUCGAUGAAAUGGUUCAAGAGUUAAGUUCAAUGUGGACAUAUGAAAACAUGGCGCUAAAACAACAAAUACUUGAAAAACAAAAGGAAAAAUUUGAGACAAAUGCUGGUAAAAUCCAAUGGAGGCCACAGCUUGGUGAUGUUAAAGCACAACUAAAAGCCAGUGAUGUUGCGAAUUUGCGUAAACAGAAAGUUCUACUGGAAUCAUUGGCUAAGGAAUAUGAGAGCAGAGUUAACAGACUGAAAAAUACCCUCUCUGCAAAAAGAGGAUAUUUGAAAGUUUUACAAAUGGAUAUCCAAAAAUACCAAAAGAAAAAUGAAGAUUUUGUAUCCCAAAUCAAUGGAAAACUUGAGAAUCAUGAGCACCUAGUAUCAACUAUUGUGCCGCCCAGAAUAGAUGUUGAGGAAAUUAAAUGGAAUGAGACAGAUUUGGAAAUUGAUGAAUAAAAUUUAGAACAAUUAUUGAAUAAAAUUUAUAUUUCAGAAAAUUGUACACACUUGAGAAAAAGUACAACAAAAAGAAUAACUCAAUUUUAGAUAUCAGUAAAAUACUAGUGUAGAUGUAAAUAGAGAAUAAAUAAAGUGUAAUUUAAAGUGAUACUGACAGUAGUAAAUCACUAAAUCUAAUAUUGCUGCAUACAAUUAUCUAAUUUAUACAAUUAAAAUUGAAGAAAGAUCAAGUUUAGUUCUAUGUAAUUGAAAAAAUAGUUGUUUACAAUACAUAAUUAAAUCACAAGAAUAUGAUAUAAGUAAUUAUUUUGUUUAGCAUUAAUGACAAAAAAUAGAAGAUAAAAACAUUCAUUUUUCUGUAAAUGCAUACCCAAACGAAAAUAAAACAAAAAUAAUUCUCUUACAUUAAAUAGUAAUAUUUAUUCAAUGAAAAUUAUUUGACAUUUAUUUGUUAACAUAGCUAAAAAAAUUAAAAUUGUACAAUGCAAAACUUGCAUAUUUUAUAUAAUAAUUUAUAAUAAUAGCAAUUGCACUAUUGUUGCGAGGACUACACUGCUUCUAACGCCUUUUUAAAUUAUCAUUCCAUUCAGACUUCUAGAAUUAAUGUGAAGAAAAAGCCUCAAUAUGGAGAUCAUGCCAAUCUUCUGGUGGUGUAUUUAAUACUGAGUGCAUAAUUAUUUUAAUUUCACUGGGGAAUCCACUCCCAAGUUAACUGGAUUAAUGAUUAUUAGAACCAAAAUAAACACUAAAUAUUUUACAUCUAGGUGAAAGUAAUAAUAAUCAUGUCUUAGGCCACUCCACAAAAGAAUUAAAUUCAUAAAGGUUGAAAGAAAUAAAAUCUAAUCAUCAUCAAGUUUUUGACGAUUAUUUCAAUUUUGAAAACAAUCUCGACAUAGGUACUAAUUCAAAAUAAACUUCAAUAACCAAUUACUGUCACUUAUACCGACCUAUACAUACUUAACAUUUAUAGGCACAUUAGUUACAGAAUAAAGCGAAUGUGCUUCCGAUCCACUACAACUAAAUAAAUAGUAGUAUGAAAACGUAUCGACGCUCUGUGUCCAAUGCCCGCAUCUCUGCUUGCCACCUCAAACUCUUCAAAAUAACAAAACAAUUUGACUACAACUUCAACAGGUCACAAUAACGUAACAGGGUCAAUCCGUACUAAAGGCUGCGUUGGUUAUUAUAU